AUGGUAGACAGCGCGGAACCGUUUGAUCGCCGUGUGGCGUUGGCCGCCGCGGCCGCAUUGGCCUCGUUUAUUGAGAGCAAAGAAGCGUUGGAAGCAGAUACGCAAACACAGCACACUCAAGCUUCUUCCCCAGGAGCGGAAACGGAAAAUACACUGUCCGGCUCAGCGGACAUCGAUUCCCCUGGUCCCGUGUCAGCCAAUCGUUCUUUGCACGUGUCCACAGAGGCGUUAGAUUCAAUCGAGGAGUUCUCGCAAUAUUUACCCCCAACUGGACGCUGGUACAAGGCCUUGUCUGUACCGUCCAAAGCGAUCUCAUUAUUCCUCCGCUUCGCCCACAAAAGUGAGUUUUCUUAA